GGCCUGCUCCCCCUCCUACCAAGCUCAGGAGCAAACAGCCUCGGCCUAUAAGGUUCCUUAGCCUGCCAAAGGCUGCCACCGGCUCAGGGAGAAGAAGAUCGAGGGCUUGACCUUUCUCCGUGUGAUGGCUCAGAACCACAUGGACAUACUGAUGCCUAAACUCCAUGAUAUCUGCCUUGCCAUUAUAAAUGAGGUGAAGAACCUGCGCUCUGCAGUGUCCUGUGCUGCCAUGGCCACACUGGGUGACAUGUACGUUCACCUCCAGAGGGCCAUGGACAGUGAGGUGGAGGGGACGGCACGCGUGCUGCUGCACAAAGCCAGCGAGGCCAACACCUUCAUCCGGCAGGGCGCCAACUUUGCCCUGGGCCACAUGGUGCAGAGCUGCACCCCUACACGUGUCAUGAAUGCCCUGCUGGUCGGUGGGCUGAGCCACCGUAACGCUGCGGUGAGGAGCUGCACUGCUCAACACCUGGAGAGACUGGCUGAGGUCAUGGGGACGGCUCGUCUCCUGUCGGGGAAGAAAGACCUCACUGACCGUUUCUUGAUUGCCGUCAGUAAACUGUCUGUGGACCCGGCACAGGAAGUCAGGCAUCAUGGUCGCAAUAUCUUGAGCAACAUGGCCACCAAUGGUGACUUUCCUAAAAUGUGGGACAAAUUCGCUCCGAGGAAAGAGAGAGAAUCCUUGAGGGAGGUCAUCUCAAAGGUUAACCUCAAAGAAAGGUUGUGCCGUGGUGGAGAUCUUUGUGGGCUAUACUCGGCCUUGUCUCAGGAUGGUAAGUUGGUGGUUGAAGAUAUCCCUCUAGUGGUGUGGGGGCUGUGCUUUGGCAAAGUGGGUAGGGUUAUAUUCUGCCUGUUUGGCCCUGUCCGGGGGUAUCGUUGGAUGGGGCCACAGUGUCUCCCGACCUCUACUGAGUCAGUCUCCAGUAUUUAUGUUGCAGUAGUUUAUGUGUCGGGGGGCUAUGGUUUGUCUGUUAUAUCUGGAGUAUUUCUCCUGUCUUAUCCGGUGUCCUGUGUGAAUUUAAGUAUGCUCUCUCCAAUUCUCUCUUUCUUUCUCUCUUUCUUUCUUUCUCUAUCUCGGGCAACUGAGCGCUCCUUGCUGUCCACAGUCCACCUGGCUGUGCUGCUGCUCCAGUUUCAACUGUUCUGCCUGUGGCUAUGGAACACUGACCUGUUCACUGGACGUGCUCCCUCUCCCAGACCUGCUGUUUUCAACUCUCUAGAGACAGCAGGAGCGGUAGAGAUACUCUGAAUGAUCGGCUAUGAAAAGCCAACUGACAUUUACUCCUGAGAUGCUGACCUGUUGCACCCUCGACAACCACUGUGAUUAUUAUUAUUUGACCCUGCUGGUCAUCUAUGAACAUUUGAACAUCGUGGCCAUGUUUUGUUAUAAUCUCCACCCGGCACAGCCAGAAGAGGACUAGCCACUCCUCAUAGCCUGGUUCCUCUCUAGGUUCUGGCCUUUCUAGGGAGUUUUUCCUAGCCACCGUGCUUCUACACCUGCAUUGCUUGCUGUCAGGAGGAAUGGGUCAAAAUUCACCCAACUUAUUGCGUGAAGCUUGUGGAAGGCUACCCGAAAUGUUUGACCCAAGUUAAACAAUUUAAAGGCAAUGCUACCAAAUACUAAUUGAGUGUAUGUAAACUUCUGACCCACUGGGAAUGUGAUGAAAGAAAUAAAGCUGAAAUAAAUAAUUCUCUCUACUAUUAUUCUGACAUUUCACAUUCUUAAAAUAAAGUGGUGAUCCUACAUGACCUAAAACAGGGAAUUUUACUAAGAUUAAAUUUCAGGAAUUGUGAAAAGGAAUUGUGAGUUUAAAUGUAUUUGGCUAAGGUGUAUGUAAACUUUAGACUUCAACUGUAGGAAACAAUGGUACGACCUCAGAGUUCCACAAGCAAUUUUUUGUUGUUGUUUACGUUACAACGUGGGCAUGUCUCAUUGCCAACAAUAGUGAAGCAGGCAUUGUGACGUAGAACAAUGGGCUGGGAAUAGAACUUUCGUAAAGCGAGUUGGUGCCACUGUGCUCAAUAGAACUAAUAGGAGCUGGCAGGGUGAAAAAUGCUCUAAAAUAAGGCCUGUUUUUUUUUGCCUAUUUCAAAAAUAUGGCAAGAAGCUGGGAUAUGGUAAUAUUAUGAAACUGGGCUCCACGGCGGAUGCAAUGAACUAGUUUUUUUAUCAGAAAAAAGCAUUGUUAAAAUUGUCAUGAGUCCAGCCUAACUGGAUCAUCUAGGCUAGUCACUUCUCAGGGAAAGGAUGCUCUUCAGUCGGCCUCUUGUCCACGACGUGAUAGGACCACUCAUAGGGUCGGUUUGGUGGUGUCUUCAAGUUCAAUGCUUUGAGCCAAAGCCGAAGAGACUCCUCAUCCAUAGGAGGUGGGUGCAAAUCAAAAGGU